CAGAUUAGCCGAGCUCUGGCUCGCCGUCGCGGCAGCCUCUUCAUCUCUCUCUCCAGCCAUGGGGCUCCGUAGUGGGCCUUUCGCGUCCCGUCUCCUCCUCCUCCUCCUCCAGGCACAUAUUUGCUGGCUGCUGUGCGUGGCCUCCGAGCCGUGCCAGGCGGGUUUUGGGAAGGAUGAAGUGACCAUGGAGGUGGGAGGCGCGGAGCUGGAGCCAGGCCAGGCGCUGGGGAAAGUAGUCUUCAUGGGCUGCCCUGGACAAGAGUCAGCACUGCUUAGCACUGAUGACGACGACUUCACUGUACUGAGUGACGGAACAGUCCAGGUGAAACACCGUGUCCACCUGCAGGAUGGGAGAAGAACAUUCUCCGUGCAUGCCCAGGAUGCAGCUGGCCAGGAGUCCUUGGUUGCUGUGGCCGUUGUGAGCCAAGUUAAGCCUUCAGAGGAGGAAAUGAAGGCAUUGACCAGCUCCCCAUCCAAACGCAUCUUACAAAGACGCAAGAGAGAAUGGGUGGUCCCGCCAAUAUCCGUCUCUGAGAAUGGCAAGGGUCCCUUCCCCCAGAGGCUGAAUCAGCUCAAAUCUAAUAAGGACAGAGGCACUAAGAUUUUCUACAGCAUCACAGGGCCUGGGGCAGACAGCCCCCCUGAGGGUGUCUUCACCAUAGAGAAAGAGACAGGCUGGUUGUUGUUGAAUAAGCCACUGGACCGGGAGAAGAUUGCCAAGUAUGAGCUCUUUGGCCAUGCGGUGUCAGAGAACGGUGCAUCGGUGGAAGAGCCCAUGAACAUCUCCAUCAUCGUGAUGGACCAGAAUGACCACAAGCCCAAGUUCAUCCAGGAUGUCUUUAAGGGGAGCGUCUUGGAGGGGGCACUGCCUGGCACUUCUGUGAUGCAGGUGACAGCCACGGACGAGGACGAUGCCAUCAACACCUACAAUGGGGUGGUUGCUUACUCCAUCCACAGCCAAGAGCCAAAGGACCCACACGACCUCAUGUUCACCAUCCACCGGAGCACCGGCACCAUCAGCGUCAUCUCCAGUGGCUUGGACCGGGAGAGGGUUCCUGAGUACACGUUGACCAUCCAGGCUACAGACAUGGAUGGAGACGGCUCCACCACCACAGCAGUGGCAGUAGUGGAGAUCCUUGAUGCCAACGAUAAUGCUCCCAUGUUUGACCCCCAGAAGUACGAGGCCUGGGUGCCUGAGAAUGCCGUGGGCCAUGAGGUGCAGCGGUUGACUGUGACCGAUCUGGACGCCCCCAGCUCACCAGCGUGGCACGCCACCUAUCGAAUCGUGGGAGGUGACGACGAGGACCGCUUUACCAUCACCACUGACCCUGAGAGCAACCAGGGUAUCCUGAUGACCAGGAAGGUCUUGGAUUUCGAGGUCCAAAACCAACACACCCUGUACGUUGAAGUGACCAACGAGGCUCGCUUCGUGGUGAAGCUCCCGACCUCCACGGCCACCGUGGUGGUCCAUGUGGAAGAUGUGAACGAGGCCCCCGUGUUCGUCCCACCCUCCAAAGUCAUCGAGGUCCAGGAGGGCAUCCCCAUCGGGGAGGCUGUCUGCACCUACACUGCACAGGACCCCGACAAGGAGAGUCAGAAGAUCAGCUACCACAUCCUGAGAGACCCAGCAGAGUGGCUGGCCAUGGACUCAGACAGUGGGCAGGUCACCGCCGUGGGCAUCUUGGACCGUGAGGACGAGCAGUUUGUGAGGAACAACAUCUAUGAAGUCACAGUCUUGGCCACAGACAAUGGGAACCCUCCCACCACUGGCACAGGAACCCUCCUGCUAACGCUUAUCGAUGUCAACGACCAUGGCCCAGUCCCUGAGCCCCGUCAGAUCACCAUCUGCAACAAAAGCCCUGUGCCCCAAGUGUUGAAUAUCACAGACAAGGACCUGUCCCCCAACACCUCCCCGUUCCAGGCCCAGCUCACACAGGACUCAGACAUCUACUGGACAGCAGAGGUCAAGGAGAAAGGAGAUGCAGUGGCUUUGUCCCUGAAGAAGUUCCUGAAGCAAGGCACAUAUGACGUGCACCUUUCUCUGUCUGACCAUGGCAGUAAGGAACAGCUGACGGCGAUCAGGGCCACUGUGUGUGACUGCCACGGCCAUGUGGAGACUUGCCCUGAACACUGGAAAGGGGGCUUCAUCCUCCCCAUCCUGGGGGCUGUCCUGGCUCUGCUUCUCCUCCUGCUCGUGCUCCUUUUGUUGGUGAGAAAGAAGCGCAAGGUCAAGGAGCCCCUUCUGCUACCAGAAGAUGACACACGGGACAACGUCUUCUACUAUGGCGAAGAGGGGGGUGGCGAAGAGGACCAGGACUAUGACAUCACCCAACUCCACCGGGGUCUGGAGGCCCGGCCUGAGGUGGUUCUCCGCAAUGAUGUGGCACCAACCUUCAUCCCCACACCCAUGUACCGGCCACGUCCUGCCAACCCAGAUGAAAUCGGCAACUUCAUCAUUGAGAACCUGAAUGCGGCGAACACAGACCCCACAGCCCCGCCCUACGACUCCCUGCUGGUGUUUGACUACGAGGGCAGCGGCUCCGACGCCGCCUCUCUGAGUUCUCUCACCUCCUCGGCCUCUGACCAGGACCAAGAUUAUGAUUAUCUGAACGAGUGGGGCAGCCGCUUCAAGAAGCUGGCGGACAUGUACGGCGGCGGCGAGGAAGACUAGGGCACCCGUCAGCGGGGCCAGGAACUGCCCCUCAGGCCGCAGCACCGUCCGGGUGCUCUCCAGCCAUGGACUUGGCAGCCUGUGAGGAGUGGCCACCUGGAGAGGGAGAGUCCAGGGGUCUGGCGGGAAAGGGUUUGGUUAAACCUUUGAGAAUGCGGGAUGGUUUGACCUCAAUGCUGAAAACCACCCAGCCUCUUGGAGGCUGAGUUUUCAGGAAUCUCACCUGCCACAAGCUGCUCAGCCCCUUGUCCAGGUGGGCCUGGACCUCCCCCUGGUGACUUUAUCUCUGGAAUGGACCCUUCUCCUUGAAAGAGGCCUCUUCUUGCAAACUGUUUUUUGUUUGUUUGUUUGUUUUUAAUGCUAUUUUAAAAAGUUAGAGGCGGGUCCUCGGUGGUCCCCUGAUGUCCUCCAGAAGCACAGCCCAGAGCUGCCCUCGUGCAUUUCCCCGAGGCCCCCCAUUUCAUUUGGAUGGAUCCCUGCAUUUUUAUACUGAGCGCGUCUAGGUUGUCCUUUAUUUUUCAUUUCCCUUGUGUUGUAGAUGAAGGGUGAUGACAAUCGUGUAAAAGUACUAGAACUUUUUUAUUAAAGGAACUUUUC